CUGCAUAGCCCACAGUUCAGUUAAGCAACAACUGCUACCCAACGGAAGUUUACUAAUACAGGUUAUAUUUCAAGGCUGAUGUAUAGUCACUCCUGACAAACACACUGCAGACAGUCAUCCUUAAACACAAGCUGAAGAGAACCGUUAGCACGAUGUUCCAGCCAGUUUUCAAUCCGCGUAAACCUUAUGAGGUCCAGGGGGGAUUAUUGGAAGGAAUGAUUAUUACUGUAUGUGGACGAGUUUGGGCAGAUUCCGAAAGAUUUCAGGUGGACCUCCAGCACUGUUCUGAUAUCGUUCUGCAUGUUAACCCACGCUAUGAGAAUGGUCAUGAUUAUGUAGUGCACAACACCUUCACGAACGGUCACUGGGACCCAAAUUAUGAACAAGACUAUGAGUGUCCCUUCCCACGAGGCCAAUCCUUCGCUCUUCAGAUCCUUGUCACCAAGGAGACAUACAAGAUAAGUGCCAAUGGGAAACCCUUCUCGGAGUACAAACACCGCGUUUUGUUCUCUCGCGUGGACAGCAUCAGUGUGAGUGGAAUGGUGGAUGUAAAUUUAGUUCUCGUUCAGUAUCUUGAGCCUCUGUAUGCUCCAAUUCCAGGAACGUUCAGGGUCCCGUACAAAAGCAUCAUCUAUGGUGGACUGUAUGCUGGCAAAACCAUUCUCAUCCAAGGACUUGUCUAUCUGCAUGCACAAAGUUUAGAAGUUAAUCUGCGGCACAAAACUGGAGUUGCGUUCAACUACUGUUGUCAUUUAGACAAGAAUGUUGUUGUGCUGAACAACUAUGAGAAUGGAGAGUGGGGCAAACCAGAAAAAUAUAUAGACAUGCCAUUUACAAGAGGACAACCUUUUCAGAUGACUAUUUGUUGCAAGGAGAAUCAUUACAGCGUGUUUGCCAGUGACAAACAAGUUCACACUUACACUCAUCAAUACACUGAACUACAAGACAUUGAUGUUUUGGAGAUCAGUGGUGAUGUGCAGUUGAACUUUGUGCAGCCCUAGAGAGGAUUCCUCCAGGAGAAAUGCAUUUUCUGAAAUCAUGUCUUUAUAUCAUUACAGCGAUUAUUAAUCAUUUCAUUUGGUUUUGCUUGCUUGCAUGUUAAGUGUUGAGUAAAAUAAGAAAAAUGCAACCUUGUAUGUAUUCUCCCAAAUAUAACCUCCCGUAGCUCCGGCUAAGGAAUACUAUAUACUAUGUUUACUGCAUGAAAAUAUUUACCCAAACCUGUUAUAACCUUUUGAGUAGAAAUGCAUGUUUAAGUAUUAUUACAUUGAAUAUGAACCUUUUCUUUUAAGAAAAUAAAACACGGAAUGUUACUGUUGUAGUAAUGUUUUAUUAUGCUAGAGUAGAAAGGAGAAAUAAUGUAUUAGCAAGAAUGGCAUCUGGUACCCGAGAGAGCAGCAUUGCAUUCCAUCAGAUAAGGGGUUGUCUCUUGCAGGCCAAGCAAAGGAGAAAGCAGCGUCGAAGAAUCCGAAGACGAUUAAUAAAGAAGAAGGUGGCAUUAUAUAGACAAAUGAUAAAGGCAUUUACCAAUCGCACGAUGACAUCAGAAGAGUGGGGGCUUGAGAAACUGUCUAUAAAAGACUGAGAUGAUUUCAUCAGAUGCUGAUGCUUCGGAACAGUCUCCGGUGCUAGAUGCCUACUGGGUUGCCUUGAGCAUUAGAUUGAUAUUUGCAGACUUGAGGCUUUUCUUUUAUUUGUUACAAGUAUAUUGAUUGUAACCUUGACAAUUGUUAUUAAUAAAACCUAUCAUUAUAAAACUACAA